UGGAGAGAUAACACGAAUCUAGAACUCGAUCACUAUUUACGGUAUGCUGUCACAUUCAAGUGCAACAUUAAAACGUUUUAGAGGAGCCUAAGCGGUCAGUCCAUUUCCUCGCGCUUUAGAUCGUCUUCUUGUUUCACUUGAAACAUUAGUUUAUUUACUUCAGAUCGAGAAGAAAAGGGGGAGAUUUAUGUGAAGAUGGAAGGAGUGGAAGAUCCUUUCGUUUACUCGUUCCAUGGUGAAUUAAAAAACAAAAGCCUUGACUACCUUCUUGCUCUUCUAAACUUGAGCGAUGCUAAAGAUUUUCUAGACUACUAUGACUACGAUUUCCAUUACAUCGCGCACGAUCUAUCAACCACAGCUGAUAUUUUGUUAAUCACGUGCUAUACAAUCAUAUUUGUGCUUGCUUUAAGUGGGAAUCUCCUUGUAAUUUUCGUGGUAGCCCGCAAGAGGUACAUGCAGACAGCCAUCAACAUUUUCUUCGCCUCGCUAGCCAUCUCGGACCUGCUGAUCGCUGUCUUCUGCAUUCCAUUCACGUUGAUUGAGGCGACCACGGUGGAUUGGGUGCUCGGGCCCUUCAUGUGCAAGGCUCUUAACUACGUCACUUCAGUCGGUGUUGUCUCAAGUAUCCUGGCUAUGAUGUCCAUCGCGGUAGAGCGCCACCAAGCUAUCUGUCAUCCUCUGCGCUCCAGGGUGAUCCAGACACCUCGUCGUGCUGUCUUCCUUUUAACCUUCCUCUGGAUUAUGUCUAUGACCUUUGUGUCGCCGUUCCUCUUCGUACUCCAACUGGAGACCAAGAUCGACCCUAUGACGGGGUCACGUUACCGAUUCUGCAGGGAACGCUGGUAUAAUCCUCAACAGCAGAAGAACUACACCUUGUUACUAGUCCUUCUUCUCUACGUCUCACCCUUGUUCGUCAUGAUAGUUCUGUACAUGCAGGUUGUCCACAAGCUCUGGAUCCGCAAACCCAUCGCGCCUGCUGAUUCCGUCGUGACACAUAAUCCAGGCAUCAACACGGCAACUUCACUUCGUUACAAGAAGCGCGCCAUCAAGAUGAUCCUCAUGGUGGUCGGUCUCUUCUCCGUCUGCUGGCUUCCCUAUCACGUCGUCGUUCUCAUGCGCGACUUCUCCUUCAUGCAAGACGGUGAGAGAAACCGACUCCUGUUCGCGGCUGUUCAGUUGGUGGGGCUCAGCAACAGUUGUAACAACCCCAUCGUAUACGCGUUCCUCAAUGACAACUUCAAACGGAACUUCGUGAAAGUACUUUGUCGUCACCGACAAUUUGCUAAAAUGAAGGGUUCUUCAAACAAUAAUGUUAUUGUCAAACCAUUUGCGAUGGCCACCAUAUAA